CAGUGGUCAAUCGACACUGCAAUUUUCGUUAACAUUUUUUUUUCUUCUAUUUUUUCGAUAUGUGCCUUGUUAUUGUUUUGUUAUUGACAGGUUUGUAUUGUUCGGUAGCUGGUCAUCAGUAUCCAGUAGUAGAAACUGAAAGUGGGUCCAUAUCUGGAAUACUAUCGAAAACAUGGAAAGGAAGAACUAUUUAUAGUUUUCAAGGGAUACCUUAYGCGACUCCUCCAGUGGGAAAGCUGAGAUUUCAGGAAGCACAGCCAAUAAAACCUUGGCUAGGAGUAUGGAAUGCAUCAUCUCCGGGUAGUAAAUGUAUUCAAUACGACCAUUCGAGUUAUUUAAUCCAAGGAGACGAGGAUUGUCUUUAUGCGAACGUAUACACACCAACACUUCCGGUAAGAGGAAAGAGUAAUAAACUUUUUAAUGUAUUGGUUUUUAUUCAUGGAGGUGCCUUCAUGUUCCUUUACGGAUCUGUAUACCAGCCUGAUUACAUUUUGGACAAAGAUAUAAUACUCGUUACGUUUAACUACCGGCUUGGUCCAUUAGGAUUUUUUAGUACUGGAGAUUCCAUUGUGCCUGGCAAUAAUGGUUUAAAAGAUCAAGUAAAAGCAUUAAAAUGGGUGAAAAGAAAUAUAAAGUAUUUUGGAGGCGAUCCGGAGAAUAUUACAAUUAGUGGAAUGUCGGCUGGAGGUGCCAGUGUUCAUUUUCAUAUGUUGUCACCAUUGUCUAAAGGACUGUUUCAAAAAGUAUUCUCUCAGAGCGGAACGGCUUUGUGCCCUUGGACAAUAGCUGAAAAUGUACCGGAUAAGUCGGCAGCAGUCGGCGCUUACCUAGGUUGUCCUACUCGUCCGUCGAAAGAAUUGGUUGAAUGUUUGAUGACAAGGCCAGCUUUGCACAUCGUAGAAGCAGUAAAARUAUUUCAUCCAUUCUUGUACAAUCCAUAUUCUCCUUUCGGACCGAUUGUCGAGUUACCUAGUGAAAAUGCUUUUAUAAGUGAUCUGCCCUAUAAUAUAAUUGCCAAAGGCCUAGCGACUGAUGUACCGUGGUUGUCCAGUGUUGCCACUCAUGAGGGUCUCUACCCGGGAUCUGAAUUUAUUAAUAACCCUGAGUUGUUGAAGUAUAUUGACGAAAAUUGGAACAAAGUCAUGCCGCACAUACUGGAUUAUAACUACACAAUACCUCAAGAUAAAAUCGACAACGUGUCAGAACUUAUCAGAGAAGAAUAUAUUGGCAGUAAAAAAUUGSUUAAAGGAAAUACAGAACAGUUCAUUCAAAUGAUAAGCGAUCGCCUGUUUGUAGUUGAUAUUAUAAAAGCCGUUAAAAUGCAUGCGCAACUAUAUAAAUCUUCUGUAUAUUUAUAUCAAUUCGGGUACCGUGGUAGCCACAGUCUUUCGGAACAUUUCGCUCAAUCCAACGAAAAUUAUGGAGCUAGUCAUGCAGAUGACACGGGUUACGCAUUAAAAAACGUAUAUGUAAACGUUGAAGACUCAKAAUUGGAUAAAUCAUUAGUGCCAAUUAUAGUUGAUAUUUGGACAUCAUUUGCUUUUAAAGGAAUACCAUCAACUGGAAUUAGCUCUAUCAAAUGGAGUCCUGUGAGCAAAAGCCCUGAUCAUUCGGCUAUAUCAUUUUUAAAAAUAUCGUCCCCUACUAAUAUUACUAUAAACGAAGUCGAGGGCAUGGGAAGAACUAGUUUUUGGUAUUCAUUAGACUUCAACGAGAAUGAACACUAUUCUCAGUAUUCUCACCAUGAAAAUAAAGAUAUUUGAUUUUUUUUAUAAUGUACUUGUACAUAUUACUU